GAGAGAGGGAGCGAGUGUGUGUGUGAGAGAGAGAGGGGGAGAGAGAAAGAGAGAGAGAGAGCUAGGCUGAGGGUGUCUUUCUGUUGCCGUGAGAGGAGACAGGACUUUAAAGUCAUUCCCAGAGCGAAGCUGCCGGGGAAGCAGGAACCAGCGCACCCUGUCACCAACUUCAGUGAGUUUUGAGGAAGUGUUACAGCCCCCAACCUACCAGAGCCUUUAAAAUGAGUAGUACACACCCACGGCUGAACCAGUCGAGCGCCGCCAGCCCUGCUGCUGCUGCGAACACAGACAAGGACGCCGAGAUGCCCGCUACAGAGAAGGACCUCGCCGAGGAUGCCCCUUGGAAAAAGAUCCAGCAAAACACGUUCACCCGCUGGUGCAACGAACAUCUGAAAUGUGUCAACAAGCGUAUCGCCAACCUGCAGACCGACCUAAGCGACGGGCUGCGGCUCAUCGCUCUGCUAGAGGUGCUGAGCCAGAAGAAGAUGUUCCGCAAGUACAACCAGCGCCCCACCUUCAGGCAGAUGCAGCUGGAGAACGUGUCCGUGGCGUUGGAGUUUUUGGACCGAGAAAAUAUCAAGUUGGUGUCUAUAGACUCUAAAGCCAUAGUAGACGGGAACCUGAAGCUGAUCCUCGGCUUGAUAUGGACCCUUAUCUUGCAUUACUCCAUUUCCAUGCCAAUGUGGGAUGAGGAAGAAGAUGAGGAGGUUAAGAAGCAGACUCCAAAGCAAAGGCUUCUGGGCUGGAUCCAGAACAAGCUGCCGCAGCUGCCCAUUACCAACUUCAGCAAGGACUGGCAGUCUGGCCGAGCACUUGGGGCCCUCGUGGACAGCUGUGCUCCAGGCCUGUGUCCUGAUUGGGAUUCAUGGGAUCAGACUAAACCAGUGGACAACGCUCGUGAAGCCAUGCAGCAGGCUGAUGACUGGCUGGGCAUCCCACAGGUGAUCACCCCUGAAGAAAUUGUGGACCCCAAUGUAGACGAACACUCUGUGAUGACCUACUUAUCUCAGUUCCCUAAAGCCAAACUAAAGCCAGGUGCUCCCCUGCGCCCCAAGCUCAACCCCAAGAAAGCCCGUGCCUAUGGCCCAGGUAUUGAACCUACUGGGAACAUGGUAAUGAAGCGUGCGGAGUUUACAGUGGAAACCAUCAGUGCUGGUCUAGGAGAGGUGUUGGUGUAUGUGGAGGAUCCUGCAGGACACAAGGAGGAGGCUAAGGUCACUGCCAAUAAUGACAAGAACAGAACAUAUUCCGUCUAUUAUAUUCCCAAAGUUACAGGCCCGCACAAGGUGACAGUACUGUUUGCUGGGCAACACAUUUCCAAAAGCCCAUUUGAGGUAGAUGUCAGUAUGGCCCAGGGAGACGCUAGCAAGGUGACAGCCCAGGGUCCAGGACUUGAGCCUAGUGGGAACAUUGCAAACAAGACUACCUACUUUGAAAUCUUCACUGCAGGUGCUGGGGUAGGAGAUGUUGAAGUAGUGAUUAUUGAUCCCAGUGGCAAAAAGGACACCGUUGAAUGUCAGGUGGAGGACAAAGGGAACAGCACCUAUCGCUGCACCUAUAAGCCAAAGCAGGAGGGCCCCCAUACCAUCAUAAUCAACUUUGGUGGUGCACAAAUUCCCAAGAGUCCAUUCACUGUGACCAUUGGGGAAGCUUGCAAUCCAUCACUGUGUCGUGCCAAAGGUCGUGGAUUACAACCCAAGGGAGUUCGUAUUAAAGAAACUGCAGAUUUCAAGGUUUACACGAAAGGAGCUGGCACUGGAGACCUUAAAGUUACCAUCAAAGGACCAAAGGGUCUAGAAGAGCCAGUGAAGCAGAAAGAUCUUGGUGAUGGUGUCUAUGCUUAUGAGUAUUACCCAAAAACUCCUGGGAACUACAUUGUUACAAUUACCUGGGGUGGCCAACAAAUUCCUCGCAGCCCAUUUGAGGUCAAAGUGGGUACAGAAGCAGGCCCACAGAAGGUUCGUGCUUGGGGUCCUGGACUUGAAGUUGGUGUCGUUGGAAAAUCAGCAGAUUUUGUGGUUGAGGCUGUUGGUGAUGAUGUUGGAACACUUGGCUUCUCAGUUGAAGGGCCAUCACAGGCAAAGAUCGAGUGUGAUGAUAAAGGUGAUGGUUCUUGUGACGUCCGCUACUGGCCCACUGAGCCUGGAGAGUAUGCUGUGCAUGUUCUCUGCAAUAAUGAAGAUAUACAGUACAGCCCUUUCAUGGCAGAUAUCAAAGCAGCCCCCAAAGACUUUUAUCCUGAUAAGGUUAAGGCUUAUGGUCCUGGUUUAGAGAAAACUGGGUUAGCUGUUGGAAAGCCAGCAGAGUUUACUGUGGAUGCUAAGCAGGGAGGCAAAGCUCCUCUAAAGAUUCAAGCACAGGAUGGUGAAGGAAAUCCAGUUGACGUGCAGGUUAAGGAUAAUGGAAACGGUACAUACAGCUGCUCCUAUACUCCUCGCAAGCCAUUGAAGCACACUGCCAUGGUGUCCUGGGGAGGUGUGAACAUCCCCGACAGCCCAUUCAGAAUGAAUGUUGGUGCUGGCAGUCACCCCAACAAAGUAAAAGUAUCUGGACCUGGUGUGGCCAAGACUGGUUUGAAAGCACAUGAGCCUACAUACUUCACAGUGGACUGUGCAGAAGCUGGGCAAGGAGACAUUAGCAUUGGAAUUAAGUGUGCCCCUGGGGUUGUUGGCCCAGCAGAGGCAGAUAUUGAAUUUGACAUCAUCAGAAAUGACAAUGACACUUUCACAGUAAAAUAUACUCCCCCUGGUGCUGGGAGUUACACUAUCAUGGUGCUGUUUGCUGACAAAGCUAUUCCCAUGAGCCCAGUCAGAGUCAAAGUGGAUCCAUCACACGAUGCCAGCAAAGUGAAAGCUGAAGGACCAGGACUAAACAGAAGCGGCAUUGAGCUGUGCAAGCCAACCCAUUUCACAGUAAACACCAAGGCUGCAGGAAAAGCAAAACUGGAUGUGCAGUUCACUGGGCAAAAUAAAGGAGAGGCUGUUAAAGAUUUUGAGAUUGUCAAUAAUCAUGAUAGUACCUAUACAGUCAAGUACACACCAGUGCAACAGGGAAGCAUGGGAGUAAAUGUAACUUAUGGAGGAGACCCCAUUCCAAAGAGUCCCUUUUCAGUUGGGGUGGCACCAGCACUUGACCUCAGCAAGAUCAAGGUGGCAGGCCUUGGAGACAAGUUAGAAGUGGGCAAAGACCAGGAAUUCACAGUUAAAUCUAAGGGUGCUGGUGGACAAGGCAAGGUUACUGCUAAGAUAACUGGACCCUUGGGCAAAUCUGUACCUUGCAAGGUUGAACCGGGCCUGAGCCCAGACAACAGUGUGGUGCGUUUCAUUCCACGAGAUCAAGGACCACAUGAGGUUGAACUAGCUUAUGAUGGUGUCCCUGUGCCUGGAAGCCCCUUCCCUGUUGAGGCAGUACCCCCUACAGAUCCUAGCAAAGUGCUUUGCUCAGGUCCAGGUUUGGAGCAUGCAAAAGUUGGAGAGACUGGCAAAUUCAUUGUUGACUGCACCAAUGCUGGCCCUGCAGAGUUGACUAUUGAGAUCAUUUCAGACAAUGGCAUGGAGGCUGAGGUACACAUCCAGGAUAAUGGAGAUGGUACAUACACAAUCACAUAUAUCCCACUGUACCCUGGAGUAUACACCAUCACAAUUCGAUAUGGUGGGCAAGAUGUUCCCAACUUUCCCACUCGUGUCAUUGUGGAGCCUGCAAUUGACUCCAGUGGUGUCAAGGUGUUUGGACCAGGUGUUGAGGGAAAAGGUGUUUAUCGAGAGGCAACAACAGAUUUCACUGUGGAUGCACGUGCUUUAACUAAAACUGGUGGCAACCACAUCAAAACCCGCAUUAACAACCCCUCUGGCAACCGCACAGAUGCGCUCAUCCGUGAUCUUGGCGAUGGUAUAUACCAGGUGGAAUACACUCCUUAUGAGGAGGGCAUUCACUCUGUGGAAGUAGCUUAUGAUGAAGCACCUGUACCCAAUAGCCCCUUCCGUGUACCAGUGACUGAAGGCUGUGACCCCUCCAGAGUAAGAGUGCAUGGGCCAGGCUUGCAGAGUGGCACCACUAACAAACCCAACAAGUUCACUGUUGAGACCAGGGGUGCUGGUACAGGUGGUCUUGGCUUAGCAGUUGAGGGUCCCUCUGAAGCAAAGAUGUCCUGUACAGAUAACAAAGACGGAAGUUGUUCAGUGGAGUACAUUCCAUAUGAGCCAGGAACUUACAACUUGAAUAUCACUUAUGGUGGACAUCCAGUUAGAGGUAGCCCUUUCUCUGUGCCAGUCCAUGAUGUUGUUGAUGCCACCAAGGUAAAGUGUCAAGGACUAGGCUUGGGAAACAAUGUGCGUGCCAACAUCCCACAGACAUUCACAGUAGACGCCAGUAAAGCAGGAGUUGCUCCGCUGCAAGUCCGUGUGCAAGGCCCUAAAGGUGUGGUUGAACCAGUGGAGGUGAUGGAUAAUGGAGACCAGACUCACACUGUUAAUUAUGUUCCAACUCGUGAAGGGCCCUACUCCGUUAAUGUUCUGUAUGGUGAUGAGGAGAUCCCACGCAGUCCAUUCAAGUUCAAGGUUCUUCCCACUCACGAUGCCAGCAAGGUGAAAGCUAGUGGCCCAGGACUCAACACCACUGGAGUAACUGCUAGUCUGCCAGUGGAGUUUACCAUUGAUGCCAAGGAUGCAGGAGAGGGACUCUUGGCUGUGCAGAUAACGGACCCAGAAGGAAAGCCCAAAAAAGCAAACAUCCGAGACAAUCAGGAUGGUACAUACCUUGUGUCAUAUGUUCCUGACAUGACUGGUCGUUACACUAUCCUGAUUAAAUAUGGAGGAGAUGAAAUCCCAUAUUCUCCUUACCGAAUCAGAGCACUUCCUACUGGUGAUGCCAGCAAGUGCACGGUUACAGUUUCAAUUGGAGGUCACGGGUUAGGUGCUGGUGUGGGUCCUACCAUUCAGAUUGGAGAACAAACUGUUAUCACAGUUGAUGCCAAGGCAGCAGGCAAAGGGAAGGUGACUUGUACAGUAUGCACCCCAGAUGGCACAGAGGUGGAUGUUGAUGUUGUAGAGAAUCCAGAUGGCACCUUUGACAUCUUCUACACUGCACCCCAGCCUGGCAAAUAUGUCAUCUGCGUGCGUUUUGGUGGGGAGCACAUUCCCAACAGUCCAUUCCAAGUUACUGCACUGGACAGCCAGGAACCGGAUCAGAUCUUGCAGCAGAGACAAGCCCCCAAUUAUGCUUCGGCUAGCAGACAGCCUUGGGCUACAGACCGCUCCAUGGGCAUGAAUGGUCUCGAUGUGGCAGGACUGCGGCCUUUUGACCUGGUUAUUCCUUUCACCAUUAAAAAGGGUGAAAUUACAGGAGAUGUAAGAAUGCCCUCGGGUAAGAUUGCCAAACCAGAUAUCACAGAUAACAAGGAUGGUACAGUAACCGUGAAGUAUGCCCCCACUGAGGCUGGCCUGCAUGAGAUGGACAUCAAAUAUGAUGGAAUGCAUAUUCCAGGAAGCCCUCUUCAGUUCUAUGUUGAUUAUGUGAAUAGUGGUCAUGUAACUGCUUAUGGACCUGGAUUGAUUCAUGGCACAGUUAAUAAACCAGCUAUGUUCACGGUCAACACAAAGGACGCAGGAGAAGGUGGACUUUCUUUGGCUAUUGAAGGACCUUCAAAAGCUGACAUCAGUUGCACUGAUAACCAGGAUGGCACUUGUACAGUAUCUUAUCUGCCAGUACUUCCAGGCGAUUACAACAUUCUUGUGAAGUACAAUGACAAACAUAUCGCUGGAAGCCCUUUUGUUUCUAAAAUCACAGGAGAUGAUACCAUGAGGAUGUCCCAACUCAAAGUAGGCUCAUCUGCUGACAUUCCACUGGAUAUUGGCGAGGCAGAUCUCAGUCAGCUGACCGCCAGUGUUACCACACCCUCCAAACGUGAAGAACCCUGUCUACUUAAAAUGCUAAGAAAUGGUCACGUUGGGGUCUCCUUUGUUCCUAAAGAGAUUGGAGAACAUCUAGUAAACAUCAAGAAGAAUGGUCGCCAUAUUCCCAGCAGUCCUAUCAGCGUCUUGAUAAGUCAGUCAGAAAUUGGUGAUGCUAGCCGUGUUAGGGUGUCUGGCCCAGGCCUGACAGAGGGACGCACCUUUGAACCAGCAGAAUUCAUCAUUGACACGCGUGACGCAGGUUAUGGUGGUCUUAGCCUUUCAAUUGAGGGACCCAGUAAAGUGGACAUAAAUACAGAGGACCAAGACGAUGGAACAUGCAAGGUGACAUACUGCCCAACAGAACCUGGAAACUAUAUCAUUAACAUAAAGUUUGCAGAUCAGCAUGUGCCAGGUAGUGCAUUCACUGUUAAGGUGACUGGUGAAGGACGCAUGAAGGAAAGCAUCACUCGUAAACGGAGGGCAGCAUCCGUAGCAAAUGUUGGAAGCCAAUGUGAUCUCAGCCUCAAAAUUCCAGAGAUUGAUGUGAGUGAGAUGACAGCUCAAGUAACCAGCCCUUCAGGGAAAAUACACAAGGCUGAAAUCAUGGAAGGAGAGAACAACACCUACUGCAUCCGCUUUGUGCCUACAGAGAUGGGAGUGCACACGGUCAGUGUCAAGUAUCAGGGUCAUCAUGUUCCCGGCAGCCCCUUCCAGUUUACAGUGGGCCCUCUUGGAGAAGGUGGUGCCCAUAAGGUUCGGGCAGGUGGUCCAGGACUUGAACGGGCAGAGGCAGGAUUUCCAGCGGAGUUCAGUAUCUGGACACGUGAAGCUGGUGCUGGUGGCCUGUCUAUUGCUGUUGAAGGACCCAGCAAAGCAGAAAUUGCAUUUGAGGACCGAAAGGAUGGCUCGUGUGGAGUUUCCUAUGUUGUUCAAGAACCAGGAGACUAUGAAGUGUCCAUCAAGUUUAAUGAAGAGCACAUUCCAGACAGCCCUUUCAUUGUUCCAGUGGCAUCUCCCUCUGAUGAUGCGCGUCGGCUAACUGUUGCUAGUCUUCAGGAGUCAGGGUUAAAGGUCAACCAGCCCGCUUCCUUUGCGGUGAGCCUUAAUGGUGCUAAGGGUGUAAUUGAUGCAAAAGUGCACAGUCCAUCUGGGGCAUUAGAAGAAUGCUGUGUAACUGAGAUUGAUGAAGACAAAUAUGCAGUGCGGUUCAUUCCCCGUGAGAAUGGUCUCUACUUAAUUGAUGUAAAGUUUAAUGGAUCACACAUCCCUGGAAGCCCUUUUAAGAUUCGUGUGGGAGAGGUUGGUCAAUCAGGAGAUCCUGGGAUGGUAUCUGCAUAUGGAGCAGGACUAGAAAGAGGAACAACAGGGACUCCUUGUGAAUUUAUUGUGAAUAAUAGUGCUGCUGGACCAGGGUCUCUUGCUGUCACAAUUGAUGGGCCCUCUAAGGUCAAAAUGGACUGCCAGGAAUGUCCAGAAGGUUACAGAGUCACUUACACACCCAUGGCUCCUGGCAAUUACCUGAUUUCCAUAAAAUAUGGUGGUCCAUAUCACAUUGUUGGUAGUCCUUUCAAGGCUAAGAUUAUAGGUCCUCGCUUGGCAAGCAGUCACAGCCUGCAUGAGACUUCUUCAGUCCUGGUGGACUCUGUUUCUCGUUCUGCAGUUCCACUGCAGCAGGGAGCUCUUAUAAGAGGUGCAUCAGAUGCUAGCCAGGUAGUGGCUAAAGGACCUGGCCUCAGUAAAGCAGUAGUGGGACAGAAAAACAGUUUCAGUGUUGACUGCAGCAAAGCAGGAAAUAAUAUGCUGUUGGUUGGUGUGCAUGGACCUAAAGUGCCAUGUGAAGAGAUUGUGGUUAAGCACCUUGGCAACAGAAACUACAACGUCACAUACCUCCUGAAGGACAAAGGCGAUUACAUCCUGGUGGUGAAGUGGGGAGAUGAACACAUUCCUGGCAGUCCCUAUCAAGUCUCUGUACCCUAAAUCGCCCCAUGCUGUUGUAUUGGACCCUGUGGAUAGUCCAUCUCCAUUUUUCAUUUUUUUUUUUUUUUUUUGUUAAACUGCUCACCUACAUUCACUAUGCUAAUUGUACGCCUCUGCUCCUGUUAUUCCAUUUGGAAUCCCAAAUACUUCAGAGUGGUCUUGUAUGCUAUGUGCUUAAAGAAUUUAACUACAGUGCACUGAGCUGGUCUUGAUCACCAAGCUACCAAAUUCUAAUCCAAGCACCCCACCAAAACAUAUUGCAGAACAGCACUUCAUGUUUUAUGUUCCUUGUUGCAUUUUUUCAUACAGUUUACAAAAUGUGAUGGGGGGGGGGUAAAAACAAAAAAUAAAAACAGUGAUGUUUUUAUUUAGAAAGUUAGGUGACCUGAAAGUUAAGACUUGUUUAAAUACUAAGACAUUUUGCACCUUCUGGCUCAAGGCAAAGGUGUCUGAAACUGAUGCCUUAGCUUUUAGAAUGAAAUUCUGAUGUGUAAGAAAAGGGAAAGUUGUUGGACAAAAAAGUAUUGGGAGUAAAUGAAAAGUGCUUCAUGUUUUUGCAGGAUGAUGCAAUGAUGGAAAUGAUCAAGAUUUUUAAUAUUGUCAAGUAAAAAAUAAAGAUUGGGAUAUUUUGCUGCUGCUUGUAUUUUUAAAGACAUUUCUUCAUUUUGGCCUUUUUUUGUCCUAGUGUCUUUACCCUUAAGGCCCAACAAUGGUUGUUUCUAAAAUGUCUGUUUAAAGUCAUUUGUCCAGAAUUAAAGUAUUUUCAUAUCAGGACAGAUUUCCCACUUGUAUUUUUUUAUUUCAAUUUUUUAAAAUUGGCUGUUUGUGGCACUUCAGGAAUGAGUCCUUGUAAUUCUAACCAGCGUGGCUACAACAGUAUUCCAAGUAAGGCUAUUUGCACUAAUGUGCAGUUUCAAAAGGGUCCUUUUUAUAUACAGGUAUUUCUCUUCACCCCAUUUACCAUCUGUGUAGAAAUGCUUGAUUAACUACUAGGAGAUCAGUUGGAAACUUAAACAAUGCUUUUUUUAUUACUUGACUGCUCGCAAUCCUCCAUUUCGGAGUCUUGAUUCUUUACUGUAUCCAUUUAUCACUGCCCACACUUAACUGUUAGGCAUGUCAGUAUUUUUGUGAAAUAAAACAUUGUUCUAAAGAUUUCCACUGGUCCAUUUGGUGGAAACUAGUUUGUGGGACUACUGUAAGGCUGAUAUAUACCAGUAUGUGUAUAUAUACACCAUAUUUUUUUUUUUUUUUCUAUGGUAGAACUUGUUUUCGCCCUGGUCAGUCUUUUUAACCACUCUUGCACACAUGAAUUUAUUUUAAAUUUGAAUAAAGUUUACCUUUACUAUG